UCCAAAAUAUUUAUUGUUUAUUUGUUAAAUCUAAUUUACAUAUAUAUAAACUUCAGAAGUUCCGAAAAUUGAUUUUGCAACGGAUAUAUUAUUUUGGAAGAUUUCAGUAGUUUUGUAGUAAGCAAGGAUACCUACAGACAAUAAAACCUUAAAAUUCGCGAAUAUUUAUAUUCGUAUGUACAUACAUAUGUACAUUACGUUUGUAUUGAAUGGCAUACAAUCAGAAGAGCAAUUGGUUCCAAGAGCGUAUGAGUGGUCUACAAAACGACAUUCACGCCAUAACACCAGGCAUUUAUGGUUACAGUGGAUGUAUCGGUGGAAAAACUACGUAUAAAAGCGACUAUGUACAACCCGUUAAAAAAGACGAUCCAAGAGGUGCAGACGAUUUUAUAAAUGUUAAGAUAAUACGUUUUCGAAACAAAAUGAAAAACAAAGAAACAAAUAUACAACAGUGUAAUGAUAUAUUUCUGCAUAAUAUGACGACAAUGACAGAUCUUCAGUAUCGAAUUUUACCAGAAACAUCACGAGGUUUGUUGGGGGGGAACGAUUGGAUGUUAAAAAAGAACCCGAAAGAAGACCUUACUCUAAGUUAUGGCAAUCAGACAAAUUUUGGAUUACUUAAAGCUAAGCGUUGUGAUGAGCUUCGGGAAUUGCAUCGCUAUCGUCACUUAUCUGAAACAAAGAGCAGUUUUGGACCUAAAGUUCGAAUCCCUUUGUCACCAACAAAUCGAAAAUGCAGUGAAACCCUAUGAAUAUAUAGUAUUUCUACUCGUAUAGGUACCGAAAUUAGUAUUAAAUAUAAUAUUUAUUAUUGGUCAAAAUCGCAUAUCCAUCUAUAAUA